AUGACUCUCUCUCUCUCUCUCUCUCUCUCUCUCUCUCUCUCUCUGUGUCUCUCUCUCUCUCUCUGUCUAUCUAUCUAUCCUUUACUUCUGACUGAGUUUUUUUUCCUUUUUCUCUUUCUUUCUUUUUAUCUCUUCUCUCUCUCUCUCUUUCUCUCUCUCUCUCUCUCUCUCUCCGCAUUCUCUGUCUUUCUAUCUCUUGCUCGCUUUCUCUACCCACGUUUUCUCUUUCUUUCUUUUUAUCACCUCCCCCCUCUCUCUCCAUUCUCUUGCUUUCUUUGUCUACCCCCGUUUUCUCUCUUUCUUUCUUUUUAUAUCUCCCCCCUCUCUCUCCUUUCUCUGUCUUUCUAUCUCUUGCUCUCUUUCUCUACCCCCGUUUUCUCUUUCUUUCUUUUUAUAUCUCCCCCCUCUCUCUCCUUUCUCUGUCUAUCUAUCUCUUGCUCUCUUUCUCUACCCCCGUUUUCUCUUUCUUUCUUUUUAUCUCCUCCUCCUCUCUCUUUCUCCAUUUUCUGUCUUUCUAUUUCUUGCUCUCUUUCUCUACCCCUGUUUUCUCUUUCUUUCUUUUUAUCUCCUCUCUCUCUCUCUCUCUCCCCAUUCUCUGUUUUUCUAUCUCUUGCUCUCUUUCUCUACCCCCGUUUUCUCUUGUUAAUUAAUUCCCUCCUCCUCAUUUUCUGCUCUUUUUCUUUCUCUAUACUUUUCAUUCUUUCUUUCUUUUUAUCUCUCUCCCUCUCUCUCUCUCUCUCUCUCUCCCUAGCUCCACUCACUGUCUUUCUAUCUCUUACUCGUUUUCUCUACCCCCGUUUUCUCUUGUUAAGUAAUGCUCUUUUCCUCUUUCCGCCUCUCUUUCUUUCUUUCGCAAUUGAGCUUUCUUUUUUCUCGCUUUCUCUCUAUCUCUUCUUCAUUCUCUCUCUCUCUCCACACACACUUUCUUUUUUUCUCUCGUUCACUGGUAUUUUUCUCUCUCUCUCUCUCUCUCUCUCUCUUUCUCUCGCCAUUUCUCUCACUCUCUUUCUUUGUCUUUUUCUUACAUUCUCGUCCACUUUAUCAUUCUUUUCUACCUUUCUAUUGCAAUGUCGAUUUCUCUCUAUGUCUUCAUUGUCUUUUUCUCACACUCUCUUUCGUUCUCUCUUGAUUUCUUCCUCCGAUUUUUCUCUCUUUCUUUCCUUCACUAUCGCUUCAUUUCUUUCUGUAUUUCUUCUCUCUCGUUUUCUUUCAUUCCAUUUCUCAUUCUCUUUGUUACAUUCUUCUUUGCUACUUUUCCAUUUUAUUAUGCGUUUUGAUCUCUUAUUCUUACAAUAUGUCAUUUCCGUCUCUCUUUCCUUCUUGCUUUUUCCGUCUCUCUUUCCUUCUACCCUUUUCCUUCUCUCUUUCCUUCUCUCUUUUCCGUCUUUCCUUCUUCCUCUUUCCGUCUCUCUUUCCAUCUUCCCUUUUCCGUCUCUCUUUCCUUCUCUCUUUUCCGUUUCUCUUUCCUUCUUCCCUUUUCCGUCUCUCUUUCCUUCUUUUCUUUUCCGUCUAUCAUUCCUUCUUCCCUUUUCCGUCUCUUCUUCCUUCUUCCCUUUUCCGCCUCUCUUUCCUUUCUCUUUCCCUUUUCCUUCUUUUCUCUUUCUUUUUUCCUCUUUCCGUCUUUUUCCUUCUUUUCUUUUCCGUCUAUUUUCCUCUUUUCCGUCUCUCUUUUUCCUUCUUCCCUUUUCGCCUCUCUUUCCUUCCUUUUCUUCUCUUUUUUCUCUCUUUUCUGUCUUCCUUUUCCUUUUCCGCCUCUCUUUCCUUCUUCCUUUUUCCGUCUCUCUUUCCUUCUCUUUUCUCUUUCCUUGUCAUUUUCUCUUUCCUUCUUCCUUUUCCGUCUCUCGUUCCUUCUCUCUUUUCCGUCUCUCUUUCCUUCUUUUUCGUCUCUUUUCCUUUUCCUUCUCUCUUUCCUUUUUCGUCUCUCGUUCCUUCUCUCUUUUCCGUCUCUCUUUCCUUCUUCCAUUUUCCGUCUCUCUUUCCUUCUCUCUUUUCUGUCUCUCUUUCCUUUUCCCUUUUCCGUUUCUUUUUCCUUUUUCGUCUCUCUUUCCUUUUUCGUCUCUCUUCACUUCUUUCCUUUUCCCUCUCUUUUCUUCUUCCCUUUCAACACUCCUGCCUCGAUAG